GCUGGCAUGUCAAGGGUCUCGGCUGCCGAGAGAGAGCUCGAGUUCCAGGAGGCAGAUGGCAAGGCUGCACUCUGGCGAGAAGAUAUCUGCACAUCACAGAUCAAACGAGUUGCUGGCGAGCUGAUGCACAGCAGCCAGGAGCAGUUCGGGCAGCGAAAGAAAGAGUUAGAUGCCAUGCUGGAAAGAGUUGCAGCUUACGAGCACUUCAAGAAGACACCUCAUCAGGAAGCCCAGGUGUCCAUGAAGGCCAAAACAGAGGAGAUGUCCCAUCGCGGGCAAUGCGCAGCACUGGAAGCCCGGCAGCGGGUAGGUGAAGAGAUGGAAGACAUCGCCAAGCGCGUGGUGGUGGCCAAGGAGCAGCUAGUGAAGAUGCGG